AUGAAACGAUCUGAAAGCAAUGAAUCUCUUGAUCCAUGUAUUCACGUCGAUUCAAAUAGUUAUUCUACUAAUGUGACCAAAAAUAAAAGUUUUGUUAAAAAGUCAAAAGUUGUACCAUUUCCAUUUGGUGGAUGUCGCGUAUGUCAAGACAAAGCAACAGGCGUACAUUAUGGGAUUGCAACAUGUGAAGGAUGUAAAGGGUUUUUCAAACGUAGUAUAUUACGACAAGAAAAAUAUCGUUGUUUUUUCGGUAACACAUGUGUAGUUAAUGGCGAAACACGAAAUCGUUGUAAAGCAUGUAGAUUAAAAAAGUGUAUUGUAGAAGGAAUGUCAAUGGAAGCUGUAAAAAUGGGCCGUAUUCCAAAAAAAAUUAAAGAAAAAGCUUUAAGAGAACAAGAAAUAAGUUUGAAACCAGAAAGUUUAACAGAGAACUCGACAGACACUGUGCCAUCGUUGAUUCCUCAAGGUUGUAACAACAACAAAAGAUCUGCUGAGGAUGACAAUGAUUCUGAAAACGAUAUUAUCGAGUUAAAUCCAUCCGACUGUGAUACAAAUCCCUUAUCCACUACCGCUCCUCCAGUGUUAGCCAUACAUUUAUCAAGUCCAUUACAAACAUUAGACACCGUUCACAUUAUGUCACCAAACAUGUUUCAUCAACAGUGCAACGCUCCUCAUCUUUCAUUAUUAAGUCUGCCAUCAUUUUUCUAUUCAUCUUUUGAAUUAUUUACACCAUCUUCGUCUUCAACACAGAUUUUAUUCAAUAACGAUUCAUUGUCACCACCACUCGUUUCUUGUUAUAACACGAAUGACUCCAUGAUUCCAGCAGUGAAUGAAAUAUGUUCAGAGGAUUUUUUCAAAAUAAUGAAUAAUCGUAUAUUUGACUUUUGGAUGAUUGAAAAAGCACCAUUGUUUUACAAAGAAGAAUCUUAUUUAUUGUUAACAAAUGGAAUUCAUUAUUCUCGUGCAGCUAUGGAAGCUAUUGUCGGCAAAAACACCGUCAAAGAAAUGCAUGAAUUUGCAAAUAGACUGCGUAUGUUUAAAUUAACCAUUGUUGAACAUGGUAAGUAAAUUUUUACAACGAUAAAUAAGAAUAAAAUCAGAAAAGAUCUCGAAUAAUUAGCAGAAUGAAUCCCGGAAGGACAUAAAGAUAGAAAAGAUCUCGGGAAAAUGUCAGUUAAGCAUUUUUGCAUGAAAGAUCUCGGAAAAUUUUAUUUAUUUUUUUAUUCUGCAAAAAAGAUCUUGGAAAAAUAAAUUUAUCUAUAUAUACAGAAAAGAUCUCGGAAUAAUGAACAGUCUAGAAAACUGUUGGAAACCACCAUGGUUUUGUUCGUGUAGAUAUGGUCUCAAAGAAUACUCAUGUAUACAUGCAAUUGGUUUAAUGAUGAUAUGUGGGGUAAAUGCCUGUCCCACAACUUAUUGAUAAACGUAGAGGAAGAGAACGUUCAAAAGAAAUAAAAUUAGUAUUACAACAUGAUUAGAAGACUGAGCUU